CAUUCCGUGUCUGUUGUGGCCAGAGCAAAGCAAGGAGGGGAGGGGAUGUUUCAAUGGCGGCCAGUGGCGCUCCAAAAUGCGAAAGUCGGGAUUAUCCACUAUAUUUAGACUACGUUUGAACACGCGAUCUUAGUUUAUUCGCCCACCGGUGAUUCAUCGGGACCGCUUACCGCGCGGGGCCCGCGUUUCCGCCGUUGUUUGCACUCCGCGGGUCGGACUUUACGCGCUUGGUUUGGGGGGAUCAGGCCUAGCCGGCUGGCUAACAAACAAGCCUUCUCCGGAGUUGAAAGAUAAUGCAUAAGCAAGUCAGGGCUUUUCCUGGAUCAAAUUGAGGCAGUGGUGGUGUGGCAGAACCGUCACAGUGGUAUCCAUUCUAAUCAUUCGCGUAGGUUGUAUGCCGUGCUCCACAUUUGCUCAGUCACAGGUAAUAUGUAACAUAAAGCGAGCACUAUGACAUCCAGAUUUGGUAAAACGUACAACCGCAAGGGAGGCGAGGCCAAUUCCAAGUUCGAAGAAGUCUUCUCCAACAGAAAGCCCACCCUGACCACCAAAUGGGGCGAAACCACCUACAAGGCCCAGCUGGGGGCCAAAAGGCCUCCUGCGAAAUCAGAAGAGCCGUCCAAGAGGCCCCGAAUGGAGGACAGCGACAGCGGGGACGACCCAUUUGGGUUCGACAGCGACGAUGAACCCGUGAGUGUCGGCGAGGGCGGCGCGAGCGAGACGGCCGCUGAAAACGUACCUGUCGUGACGACUUCUGCGCACACCACGAGUGCAUCGUACAAAAUUCCAAGCAAGCCAGCAGUUGACGCAAAGGUUUUUGAAAAUAACAAGCCGUGGCUGAAAAAUGCGCCGGAGAGCAGCCGGCUGCCGGCGUCGUCUUUGUCAAAAACGGCCGCCGCCUCGGCUCACAAUUCCUCAGGGACCCAAAGGAUCGGCUUUGCUCCUCAACCCACCGCCAGUGUGUCGGGGGGCAGCGCAGACUUCCGGACCGCCUCGUCGAAUGAUGUCGCCCCGCCGUCAGAAGAAAGUCCAGAGGAGGAGCCUCGUCCGGUGGACAACAUCCCUCCUUCCCCGUUCACCCUCAGAGCCUCAAACUGCAAGAAAUACCAGUCGCGUUGUCGCUCGAGCAAAUUAUUCCCCGAAGACGACGCCGACGCGGCCCCCGAAGUGGAGAGCGCCGGCCAGAAGCCCAACAGUGUAGUCGCCUCUGCGAGCAACAGCGGCGUCAACGCAAAGGCGGCGGCCAAGCCGGCGGCCAAGCCGGCGGGCAGAGGAGGUGGGAGGCUCCGCGACUACACGGUCUUGCACCCCUCCUGCGUGUCGGUGUGCAACGUCACCAUCCAGGACUCCAUCGAGCGCAGCGCCGAAGAGCUGGUGGCGCCGGCCACGCCCGCCGACCUUGGAGAUGCGGGGCAGAUGAGGAAGAAGUCGGAUGUGCAGCCUAAACCUACAAGAACCGCCUUGGUCAAGACCAAGAAGACCAAAGCCGAGUCCAAGCUGGAGUUCUUUGGCUUUGGGGACGAGGAAGCCCCGGGCGGCGACGAGGCUUCCGAAAGCUCCGGCGGGGGCAAGAGCAGCUACAAGAUCAAGUACUUUGGAUUCGACGACCUCAGCGAGAGCGAUAGCGACGACGACGACAACCAUGUCAAGGAGAAGAAGGCCAGGAAGGCGGCGGCGGCCUUGGUCGCACUGGGCUCCGGCGUGGACAGCCCCCACACCAGUGAUUCCCAGGACAGCCAGGCCAGCAGCAAUACAGACAAUUUUGACUUCUGCGACGACUCCAGCCCAGGCGGCAGCGAGGGCCAAAAAGGACGCUCAGGGAAGCAAAGCGAAAAGUCCAAGGACCUCGGCGGCGGGUUCAAGAAGAUUUUCAGCGGGCCCAAAAAGUCCCCUGCAAAAGCGGUGUACAACGCUCGGCACUGGAACCAGCCCGAGUCCGAAGAAAUCCCCACGCCGCCCCUCUCCCGAGUUCAAACAGCCCCGGCCGUCUUAUCGAGCGGCGCGAGCGGCGGCAAGGACGGCGACUCCCGUAAAGAUGACGGCGUGUUCAAAGCCCCUCCGCCCCCGCCCAAAGUCAUUAAAUCAGAAACCAUCCCCACGCGACCCUACCAGGAUAUUGUCACGGCUCUCAAGUGCAGGAAGGAGCACAAGGAGCUGUACACGGUGGUGCAGCACGUCAAGCACUUCAACGACGUGGUGGAGUUUGGCGAGAAUCAAGAGUUCACCGACGACUUUGAGUACCUGGAAACGGGAUUGAAGAGCAGCCAGCCGCUCAACACCAGAUGCCUUAGUAUAAUCAGCCUGGCCACCCGCUGUGCCAUGCCCAGCUUCAGGAUGCAUCUCCGGGCAAGAGGCAAGGUGGCGCAGGUCUUCAAAAUGCUCAGCGACUCGUCGCAGCACCCGAACCUCGCCUUGUGCACGGCGGCGCUCAUGUAUAUCCUGAGCCGUGACCGUCUCAACAUGGACCUGGACCGCUCCUGCCUGGAGCUUAUGAUCAAGCUGCUGGAGCUGGACCAGGACUACUCGGCUCAUCAAGACCAGCUGACCGCCAAGGAGGUGGCCAAGGUCAAGGAGAAGAUCCGCAAGCUGUGCGAAACUGUGCACAACAAACACCUGGACCUGGAAAACAUCACGACGGGGCACCUUGCCAUGGAGACACUGCUCUCUCUGACGUCCAAAAGAGCAGGCGAUUGGUUCAAGGAAGAGCUGCGACUCCUUGGAGGUUUGGACCACAUUGUCGACAAAGUGAAAGAGUGCGUGCAAAACCUGAGUGAAGAGGACGACAAGGAGAACCUGGUGGCGUCUUUAUGGGGAGCUGAGCGAUGUUUGAGAGUGCUUGAAAGCGUGACCGUGCAGAAUCCGGAAAACCAGGGUUACUUAAUUGCCUACAAGGACUCGCAGCUCAUCGUCUCCUCGGCAAGAGCGCUGCGCCACUGCGAGGACAUGAUCCAGCGCUAUAGCAGGGCGCUGAACAACAUCUGCGUGUCGGCGGAGGCGGGCGAUGCCGCGCUGCCGCACUGGAGCUGCAGCAACGUGGGCAAGGCGGUGGAGGACUGCAUGAGGGCCGUCAUCGGCGUCCUGCUGAACCUCACGCAUGAUAAUGAGUGGGGAAGCACCAAGACGGGCGAGCAGGAUCAGCUCAUUGUCACGGCGCUAAACUGUGUUCUCCGGGUUCCGCGCUACAUCCCGCAGGAACAACGCUUUGACGUGCGAGUGCUGGGUCUGGGCCUGCUCAUCAAUUUGGUCGAGUACAGCUCCAGGAACCGCCACUAUCUGGUGGACAUGGAGUUCAACAUGGACCACUUCUGUCUGGAGGACAGUCUGACACAGCCGGCCGACCCGACGCAAGCGGGCGCGUCGGCCGAGCCUGCGCCACCGCCGAGCGCGGCCGAGACUCAGGAAGACGGAGCGGAGAAGCCCGAGGCCUCUGGUGCUUUGGCUGCCCUGGUCGAGCUCUUCCUGGAGCGAGAGCGCGCUGCCAUCUUGGCCGAGGCCAGAACGGACGACCUGAUCAGCGAGGCGCCCAAGCCCCAGGACCAGAGCGGUGAAUGGAAGGAGACCAUGGGCGAGAUCCAGUGGGUGGCGGCCGAGCCCAAUGACAACCAGCCCGCAGCGGAGAAUCCAAAGAAAGAGGAGGAGGACGAAGAGUUGGACCUAAACAAAGCUUUGCAGCACGCUGGCAAGCACAUGGAGGACAGCAUUGUGGCCUCCUACACGGCUCUGCUGCUGGGCUGCCUCUGCCAAGGCAGCCAGGUAAACGUGACUACUGUGAGACAACACCUCCCCAAAGGAGACUUCUCCAUCAUGACAGAGAUGCUCAAGAAGUUCCUGAGCUUCAUGAACCUCACGUGUGCGGUGGGCACCACAGGGCAGAAGUCCAUCUCCCGGGUCAUCGACUAUCUGGAGCACUGCUAACAGCAGAGCCUAAGACUGACGCGCCGACCGCACGCCCAAAGGGACGUGUCGGGGGGGUAUCUGGCCGGAACCACGGGGCAGUGGGAGGGGGGGCGCGCCAGGCGACCUGCACACACAACUGAACCAAAGCCAGCGCUCGCCGUCGACGUUCACGGUGGCGGAAACGUCAAGAAGAGGCAACAUUUACCAAUUUCCCAGAUGGUCUCCCCCCUUUUUUUCUUUCUUCUAUUUUCCACAUCAAAAGCCAAGAGUCAAUUUGCUGAGCACCACUUUGAUGCAUGUCGCAAGGAUGUCUCAAUGCCUUCACUGGCUCAUAUUUGCAGCAGAAUGUCAAGGGGGCAAGUCUUAAUCCAUUUUGGAGUUUUAUGUUCUCACAUUGCCCUUUUUAUUCAUUCUCCUUUUGAGGGCCUUUUUCUUUGAAUUUUACGAUUUCUGGAUCAGCUUUGAAUGGAAGCGGGGCUCUUUAUUAAGUGACAAUGGCUCAGCCCGGAGAUCUUUUAGCGCCCGUGAGUGUGUUUUAGCUUAUUUAAAUCCAACAACGCAGUACAUAGUCUCACAAUGAAUUUUAACCUUGCCGAUGUGAAUUACUGUGUGCAGGUUUUUUUCUUAUGCGAAUCAUAUUUUAAUUUAAUUAUCUCCUUUUUAUUGUAGCGUCUAAAAUCUUGAUUAUGUCAUUGGACAGCACAGUGGCUGGACAUACUGUCGGCAGAAUGGACCACAGGGCAUUUUAGCCACU